UUUAACUUGUUCAUAAAAAAAUCAGCCAUUUUCUGUCCCCUCUUCCCAAUUUUCCUUCUAUAUGUGGUCGUUGGGAUCUCUCUCUGUCUCUCUCGCCUCUGCGUUCAGAUCCUAUCAAGUGCGGAGUUUCUGCUUUCACUCCAACCCUGACUUGUCCCUCAGCUCAUGUUUCACUAUAUUGAGACCCGAUCUCGGAGCCUUAUCAAUCUCGACUCGUUCGGUAAUCGCUCGUUUUGUUUCUGAAUUCAUGUUGAUUUGAAGCUUGAGUUCGAUCUUCGAUCUGGGGUUUUCAGUUGGUGUAUGAGAGAGGAGUUUGCUGGUGAUUGGUGUAUGUGCGGUUUCAAGCGGAGCGCGGUGAGGGAUUCUGGGCUUGUGAUUCGAAGUAGGUCAAGGUGGGGUGAAUGCGGCUAGUUUUACUCUGAAAACUUUGCCUGCUGCUUGAUCUAUCUCCGGAAAGAUUAUAAAGAUUGUGUGCAAGAAGAGAAGGGAAAUUGUGAAAAGAAGACCUUGAACAAGAUGCAGCAAGAUCAGCUCAAGAAGGAUGGUAAAGAGUUGGACUUUUUCACUGAGUGCGGGGAUGCAAAUAGAUACAAGAUUCUUGAAGUAAUAGGUAAGGGCAGCUAUGGAGUAGUUUGUGCAGCAAUUGACACGCACACUGGGGAAAAGGUUGCAAUAAAAAAGAUUCAUGAUAUUUUUGAGCAUAUCUCUGAUGCCAUUAGAAUUCUCCGUGAGGUCAAGCUGCUACGGCUUUUAAGACACCCUGAUAUUGUUGAGAUUAAGCGCAUUAUGUUGCCACCUUCAAAGAGGGAGUUCAAAGAUAUUUAUGUUGUCUUUGAACUGAUGGAGUCUGAUCUCCAUCAAGUCAUCAAAGCUAAUGAUGACUUGACACGUGAGCACCAUCAGUUUUUUCUUUACCAGAUGCUACGUGCACUGAAGUAUAUGCAUACAGCAAAUGUGUAUCACAGAGACCUUAAACCCAAGAAUAUAUUGGCAAAUGCAAAUUGUAAACUCAAAGUCUGUGAUUUUGGACUGGCCAGAGUUGCAUUCAAUGAUGCCCCGACAACAAUAUUUUGGACGGAUUAUGUAGCUACAAGAUGGUACAGAGCUCCAGAGUUGUGUGGAUCAUUCUUUUCAAAGUAUACAGCAGCAAUUGAUAUAUGGAGCAUUGGAUGCAUCUUUGCUGAGGUGCUGACAGGAAAGCCGUUGUUCCCUGGUAAAAGCGUUGUACAUCAAUUAGAUUUGAUUACAGAUCUUCUCGGGACACCAUCACCGGAAACUAUCACUGGAGUUCGUAAUGAGAAGGCAAGAAAGUACUUGACAGAAAUGAGGAAAAAAUCUCCUGUCCCAUUUGAACAGAAAUUUCCAAAUGCCGAUCCAUCCGCACUUUGCCUUUUGCAAAGGCUUCUGGCGUUUGAUCCUAAGGAUCGGCCUACUGCUGAAGAGGCACUAGCUGAUCCUUACUUUAAGGGAUUGGCCAGAGUUGAGAGAGAACCAUCUUGUCAGCCAAUUUCAAAGCUGGAAUUUGAGUUUGAGAGGCGAAGGGUGACUAAGGAGGACGUGAGGGAACUGAUAUAUAGGGAGAUACUGGAAUACCAUCCUCAGUUGCUUAAAGAUUACUUGAAUGGAACUGAAAGCACAAAUUUCCUCUGUCCUAGCGCAAUUGGUCAAUUCAGAAAGCAAUUUGCUUAUUUUGAGGAAAACAGUGUUAAAAGUGGUCCAGUGAUUCCUCCAGAAAGGAAGCAUGUCUCCCUUCCAAGGUCCACUGUUUACUCUAGACCUAUUCCUCCUUAUGCACAUGGCGCGGCAUAUGAGAACAAGCAAAUACCAGUAGAGGCAUCUAAGAAUUUGGGAGCAACGGAGUCAAAUUCUGAAACUCAUUUAAGGGAUUCACGACCUCCUCCAAGGGUGCCAACAGCCAAACCAGGCAAAGUUGCAGGGCCAGUUUUACCCUAUGAGAAUGGGAGAAAUAUGAAAAACAACUAUGAUUCAAGAAUCUUGAGCAGAAAUGGUCUUUCUCCUUCUGCGUCUCCUCAGUGUUCCUAUAGGGCCCAACCCACAAACCCGGAGAAGCUUGUGCCACAAGGAAAACACCCAUCUCAGCAGUGGGGUAACUCACUAGGCAGACAAACUAUUGACCUCAACACCAACCCUUACUUCCAACAAGCCAAGGUAGAUAACAUGGAUGAUGCUGUCACCUCAAUGGAUGCUAAGUUGCUGCAGGCACGGUCUCAGUUUGGCGCUGUUGGUGCUGCUGCGGUGGCCAUUGCAGCUCAUAGGCAUCCUUCUGGGGCUUUUUAGUGUGGGUUGUCAUAGGUAGGUUUUAAGGGCUUUAAUGCCAGUAGUUGGAACUUGGAAGGAAGAAGGGUGAUUAAAUUUUAGACGGGUUUAGGUUUGGUUUUCACUUUUUACUUCCAGAUUACGGUAUUUGUAAAUUAUAUUGUUACGUCAUUUCAUUGUUCAAUAAAGACUUGGCGGGAAAUCAUUCCUUACCCCCCUAUAUCUUGAUUCAAGCUAUCUAUGAUAUGAAUGUUCUUUUUGUUUGUA